AUUUAUGGCAUGUACUCGUAUAUGCUGUUUUCUUGCAGAUGAUAAAACUAACGCCAGGCAUGUAGUACUGGAAAGAUGAUACUAAUACACUUGAAUUUGCGAGCUCCAAUCCAGCAGCUGAGGAAAAUCUUAAGGAAGGAAAAAAUAUUCACUUUCAGGAAAUGUGUGUCAAGACGUUAAAGAGCAUCUUCCAAGAUGAUUGCAGUGCAACGCUCCCUGAAAGAAGGCUGGCUGACAAAGAAGGAAAAUUGCAUAGGAUGUCCAAGUGGGUGCAACAUGACUAUGUGACGUUGGAUGAUGGAAAAUGUCUGUUGGACUCUGUCAGUAAUUCUCUAAAAGCCGUCAAAGUCUUAGUGUGGGGUGAAGUGCUUGCUAUGAAUAGGUCUCAACAGAAUAAGAAACUGGAUGAAUUCCUCAUGGCCCUGCUCUUCUACCUAUCCUUUUACCUGGAAAAAAUUGCCCUGGAAAAGAAAUUCAGAUCCUUGAUUUUGACUACGCUAUUUUUAGAGAAGAAAGAAAUGGACAACGUGUUGGCAAGGAUUCACCUUGCCAAGGUGUACUGUACUGUCCUCGAACGAGGCAUGGCACAGCAGCGCCACGUGCCUAUUGGGAAGAGAAAAACAUUGCAGAAGGAUCGGAGCUUCUUUGAG